AGCGCUUGAAGCAAAAGUCACCGUUAAUUGUAAAUAAGUAACAAAAAGUAUAACAACAAACACUCCACCAAACUCGAAACCUAUAGUAAACAAAAAUAAUUAUAAAUAUACAAGAAAAAAAACCACAAAAACAAAAAUGAUCUACAUAUUUAGAACCCAAUAACUAUUAUUAAAUGUAAAUAACAACGUAGCCUUCAAACUAUACCUAAAAAAAAAAAAAAACCAAAAGAAUUUAUAAUAUAAAGGAUAUUAUAAUAAUAAAUAGUUAUUGCUGCUAAUUAAGAACAAAGUGUGGGCGCAGAGGCGCAAAAUUCCGGCAAGCAAAUGUCUGGAUAAAAACAACAACCAGUUAACCAAUGGAUGAAAAUGCAGCCGUCGUCGUCAUUUUUGUCGUCGUCGUCGUUGUCCACUUGUCAUCGCUUUUGUCAGCCUCAGCAGCAACAGCAGCAGCAGCAGCAACAGCCGGAACCGGAGCCGCUGCCACAGCAACAGCAACAACAACCUCAACAGCAACCAAAACACCAAAGGGCCGCAGCAGUUGCAGCAGCCGCAGCAGUUCAGCAGCCGCAGCAGUUGGCGCAACAAGGAGCAGGAAGACGGGUAGGUGUAGCAGUGUGCACAGAUCACGCCUACUUUUGUACGCCCACAUUGCCGCCGACGCUGACGCUGCCGCUGCCGCUGCCCAGCUCAAGCACAAGCCCAAGCACUCUGCCACUGCCUCAGCUGGCUGCGGCUUAGUACGCACCAGUUUCUUCAGUUAGUUGGCUUGCCAAAUCAUUCUAAAGGAGCUCAACAGGAGCACCACAGCCCAUCGCACAAGCAACAAGCAACAAACAACAAGCAACAAACAACAAGCAACAACAACACCAAAUAAAGCACAAACGCUUCGACAACAACAUCUACAAUAACAACUACAACAAUAACAACAACAAUAGUAAUAACAAUAGACAGCACACAAAGUCGUCUCGUGCCAAUUAAAACCGCAACACAACAAACUAACAACAGCAACAGCAACAACAAGAACAAGAAAAACAACUGCAACAAGAACAAGUACUUGAAACGGACCCACGAGAUUUUCGAACGGCGCCAGAGUUACGCCCGGAAGCUGUAGCUCUCUCUCCGUAGAUGACAAACAAAAUGGCGGAUGGUGGGCAUUCAUUUGUGAAGAAGACAUUUCAUAAGCCAACCUACUGUCACCACUGCUCGGAUCUACUGUGGGGCCUCAUACAGCAGGGCUACAUAUGCGAGGUUUGCAACUUUAUCAUACACGAGCGAUGUGUCAGCAGCGUGGUAACGCCCUGUUCCGGUAUUGCGCCAUGCAUUAUAAAGAAUCCCGUCGCCCAUUGUUGGUCGGAGCCAACUCAUCACAAGAGAAAAUUCUGCACCGUUUGCCGUAAGAGAUUGGAUGAAACGCCAGCGGUGCAUUGUCUAGUGUGCGAAUAUUUCGCGCAUACCGAGUGCCAAGAUUUUGCAGUGCCCGAUUGCACCGAGAAUGCAACAUACGUGCCUGGCAAGGAAUUGCUUAAUGUGAGGCAUCAACAUCAUUGGCGAGAGGGGAAUCUUCCAUCAACGUCCAAAUGCGCUUACUGCAAAAAGACCUGUUGGUCCUCGGAAUGCCUAACAGGCUAUCGGUGCGAGUGGUGUGGCAUGACCACGCACGCCGGAUGUCGCAUGUACCUGCCAACCGAAUGUAAUUUUGGUAUAUUACAACCUAUCUACUUACCUCCGCAUUCAGUUUCGAUACCACGUACUGAGGUGCCAAUCGAGGCGAUUAUUGGCGUCCAAGUCAAAUCCAAGACGUCGCUCGUGCGCGACUAUUCGUGUCCCAGCCCGGAGCUCGGUGCAGAGGCCGCCGCGGCUGUUGGUCAAGUUGGUGCGUCGGGUUUGUGUCUCAAGGAGCUGCUCGAGCUCCAUAGACAGCGACUUGAGCAAUCGAAACAACAUUUUUUACUUUCAACGCCGCCCACGCCCACCUCCUGUGGCUCCAUGUCGCUCUGUGUCUCACCCACGCCCUCGCUGACAGUGGGCGAGACAAGCAACGACCCGGAUCAGGAACAGGAUCAGGAGGAGCAGCAGCAGGAUGCCGAGGAGGAUGAUUACGAGCAGCAGCAUGACAGCGCGCUGCAGCUAACGACUGCCUCCAGCAAUUUGGCCACGGGUCCAUUGCAGAAGUCGCCCUCCGCCAACUCCUCGCUGCACCUGAUCUACACGAGCCUGUUUCGUAAGCUGGGCCACGGCCAGGGGCGACGACGUCGGCGUCGCGGCGCCUCCAACAGCGAGCAGGAGGAGGAGGACGACGACGACGAUGUGGAUGUGGAUGGGGGUGUCUGUGAUAUAAGUGGCGGCGAUCUGAGUGACGAUUACGAUCACUGCGAUGUGCUGCUGCGGAAGCGCUGCUCGCGCCGGUCGCCGCGCGAUGUCAGCGAGACGGAUUACCAUGGCGACGUAGAGCUGGAGACGGCGCCGCGGGAGAGCUGCUACGAGACGUCCGACACGGGCGGCGAGCUGACCAACACCGAGGAUCUCGACUCCAGCAUGAAUCUGAUCAGCAACCUUAGCUAUAAUAGUAGUAAUAGUAACACCUCCAACACCUCCGAGCAGCGCAAGAUCCAGGCGCGUUCCACUGCCACUGCCACUGCCACAGCCACAGCCGCAGCCGCCGCCAGGGGUGCGGGCCCCGCCCCAGGACCGAUCCCUGCCUUAAGCGCGCUCGCUGGCCGCAACCCAAAGACUGGUGCUCUCCUGAAAGCCAAACCCAAGCCGAAGCCCAAGCCCAUACUCAGUGCGCCCAAGCACAAGGGCGGCUCGGUGAGCUCUCCCAAUUCCAGCGACUGCUCCUCGGCAUCGCCCGCGCCCGCGCAUACGCCCGAGCCCGCCUCGGCGCUCCUACAGCUGUCGCCGGUGGGUCGCAGCAAGUCGUUUCAGGAGCCGGGCGUUGCCCGCUAUAAAAAGUACGGACGCGGUCUGUUCCAGCGUCGUCGCUCGAAGCGCUCGCCCAAAGGCGGCGCCAAGAGCAACUACAGCCUGGACAGGCUGUCGCAGAAUAUCGAGAUAACCAUACAGGAUGAGGAUGGCAACUAUCAGCCGUACGAUGACAACUAUCACACGCUCUCCGCGGCUCGCCUGCCCCUCGACACGGAUGCCGAUGGCUACGACGAUGUCGAGUACGAGGAUCUGUAUCUGGACGAUCGGCCGCACAGCGCCGGCGAUGACAUUGCUGGCGAUAUCAGCGAUGGCGGCGCCAGCAGUCGAUCCCGCGCCAGCGACGCGGAUGUCCAAGGGUCACAGGGUCACGUGCUCGACCGGCUGCUGCGGCGCGUCCGCGGCCUGUCCGCCGGCUGGCGGAAGCCGCGCUACCAGAGGCGCAGAGCACGCAGUAUAUCGGAGGAAUUUAGCAGCGGAGAUGCGCCACGUUUCAAGGACGAGGAGUCGCAGGGCAAGGCCGAGUCCUCGCAUGGCGCGAACGCGGCCGCCGGCGGCGCUGGCAGCAGCGGUGGUGGAGGCGGAGAAAGAGGCACAGGUGCUUCUAGCGGUGGCGGCUCUGGCACUGGUGGAUCUUCCACAUACUAUCGCCCCGACGCCACGGGGCACAAGUCAGAGAAGUCGGAAAAGGACAGGGAGAAGAAGGAAAAGGAGCGCGAAGAGAAGGAUAUAGAGAUGAUCAAGGUCUUUGACGGCAACAACUCAUUCCGGCGCCAGCAGUACCGUGCGAUCAUCGUGCAACGGACUUAUACGCUGGAACAAUUACUGACAACCGCCUUGCGGGCGUUUCACAUUACGCGCGAUCCGCAAGCGUUCUAUCUGACCGAUAUGUAUGCGGCCACUGGCAUGGAGGAUGCAGCGCUGCAGGAUCCGACUCCGGUGUUGAAUCUGACACACUUGGAGGGCAAGCGACCGGCCAUGUUUCUCAGGUUUCAGGACAAGGACAGAGGACAUGUGCGCGUCUAUCCUGGCAAAUUGCAAUGCUCACUCGAAGAUCCCUAUGUCAAUGUUCCUGUCGAUAAUACAACAGUUAUAAAGGACUUGAUACGAGACGCACUCGAUAAAUUCGGUCUACAAGAUAACCAGAUACAGGACUAUAGAUGCUCGGAGGUGCUGCUCGAUCGCGGCGUUACCGAGCGCAUACUCUCGUGGAACGAACGUCCGUGGGAUAUUAUGAAGCAGCUGGGCAAGGAUUCCAUUCGUCAAAUGGAAUUGAUGCGCUUCUACAUGCAGCACAAACAGGAUCCACAUGGCCCGAACAUUGCGCUCUUUGUGGGCAACCUACCCACAGGACUCUCGCAGCGCAACUACGAGCAGAUCCUAAGCAAAUACGUGACCGAUGAGAAUAAGUUCAUCAGCAUUGGACCCAUCUACUACGAGUACGGUUCGGUUGUGCUCACAUUCGAGGACUCUCAAAAGGCGGUUCGUGCUUUCUACAACCUACGCGAGACGAUCAUCGAGGACAAGAAACUGUUGGUCCUACUCUUGCCAAAUAUUGAGCCCAGCAUGGUGCCCUCGGAUGUCAGGCCCCUGCUGGUCUUUGUCAAUGUCAAAUCCGGCGGCUGUCAGGGCCUGGAACUAAUAUCGAGCUUUAGAAAACUACUGAAUCCGUAUCAGGUCUUUGACCUGGACAACGGAGGUCCGCUGCCAGGGCUUUACGUGUUCCGGCAGAUCACGAACUACAAGAUCUUGGUGUGCGGCGGCGAUGGCACCAUUGGCUGGGUGUUGCAGUGCCUGGACAAUGUUGGCCAGGACUCGGAAUGCUCUAGUCCACCGUGCGCGAUUGUACCGUUAGGUACAGGCAACGAUCUGGCACGGGUUUUAUGCUGGGGUUCCGGCUAUACCGGUGGCGAGGAUCCACUCAAUAUGCUGCGCGAUGUCAUUGAGGCGGAGGAGAUACGCUUGGAUCGUUGGACUGUCGUCUUUCAUCCGGAAGACAAGCCCGAAGAGCCGGCCAUGAAGGCGCCCUCACAAACAACGGGUAAGAAGAAGAAGGCUCACCAAGCACAUCUAUCGCAACAAACAAAUCAGCAUCAUCAAUUACCGGCUCUGACAUCGAGUGAUAUAUCAGGUGGCGCUCAAAAUGAGGACAACUCCCAGAUCUUUGUGAUGAACAACUAUUUUGGCAUUGGCAUCGAUGCCGAUCUGUGUCUGGACUUUCACAAUGCCCGCGAGGAGAAUCCCAAUCAGUUCAAUUCCCGGCUGCGCAACAAGGGCUACUAUGUUAAAAUGGGUUUGCGCAAGAUUGUCGGACGCAAAACGGUCAAGGAUUUGCAGAAGGAGCUGCGCCUCGAGGUCGACGGCAAGGUGGUCGAACUGCCACCCGUCGAUGGCAUCAUCAUAUUAAAUAUAUUGAGCUGGGGCAGCGGCGCGAAUCCCUGGGGCCCGGACAAGGAUGAUCAGUUCAGCACGCCCAAUCACUACGAUGGCAUGCUGGAGGUUGUGGGCGUGACGGGCGUCGUGCACCUGGGCCAGAUACAGUCCGGCAUACGCACGGCCAUGCGCAUUGCACAGGGUGGCCACAUCAAAAUCCAUUUGAACACCGACAUGCCGGUGCAGGUGGACGGCGAGCCAUGGAUUCAGAGUCCCGGCGAUGUGGUCGUCCUCAAGUCCGCGCUCAAGGCCACCAUGCUGAAGAAAAUGAAGAGUAAACGACGACUUACGGAGCCGCAUAUCUCGCCGGCGGUGCUCAGCCUCUCGCUGCCAGGCAGCACCUCGGCCAUGCAAACUCCGCCGCAGCAGUCGCAGCUACAACAACAGCAACAACAGCAACAGCAGCAACAACAGCAGCAACAACAACAGCAACAACAACAACUGCAGCAACAGCAGCAGCAGCAGCAGCAGCAACAACAACAACUGCAGCAGGCAGUCGAGAACGGCGACAAGGAUAUUUCAGUGCCGCCCUCGCUGCACUUUGGCAGCUCCUAGAGUCUAGCCUCAGCAUAUACGUCCGGUCUGCGAUAUUGGUUCUCCUGUUUUUACCCGUAGGCCGCUAACACUAAACUACAUACAUAGAAGAAGCUAAAUGAAACUUUGACAGCCACACAAAAUGCAUUAGCACAAAUCCUUCAAAACAACCGCAGCAAAACUUGCAGCUUAGACAAACUUUGAACCAACCAUGUUAACUUUUUUUGUAGCAUACUUUCCGGCUAAUUAGCCAACAUUAAGAGCUGUGACCGCGGCUAAUGAAACUCAAACUAGCUGCACACACACACACACCGCACACACACACACACGUCUUUAAUUUGGUGUAUUUAUUCCCACUUUUGUUGCUUUUGCUCCUUUGAAGAGACGCUUAGCCCGACCCCUUUAACAACUCACAGCAACAGGUGUAAAUUAUUUUGGUUUCAUUAAUCAUUAGAUGCGAAUUUAGUUUCUUUUCGAAUUCCAUGCAUUUUGCUUGAUUUACUUUUUUCAUUUUGAAUAAAAGCCAUGCCUUAAUUUUGCAGUAUAUUAAAGUUUUAAAAGCUAACUAAAUAAACAAAAAAAAACCAAUACAACAUAAUUUUAUUUAUGUUAACUCUCUUUUUCUUAAUCUCUAUCUCUUUUUCUCUAUUUCUCUUUAUAUAUUACUUAACAUAUAUAUAUAUAAUAAAUAUACUCUCUAUGUAUAUAACUUCAACUACAACAACAACAACUACAACAACAACAACAACAACAUACAUCAAUCUGUUCCUAACCAAUUUACAAAAAAAAAAAACAAAACAA